UACUUUUAAAUAAAUUUUCAAAAAAACAAAAUUGAAAAAAGGGAAAAACCCAUCUUCUUCGAGCCAAAGUUUUCCCUUUUGAACUCGUCUCUCCCUCUCCUUCUCCCCUCUCGUCGGUUGCAAAACAAGCUUCCUACCCAGAUGGACUUUUUUAGGAGAUAAUUUGAAAUUUUUAUCUGGUUGAAGCUCUUCGAGUUUUCUAAAUGAUUGAUAGCAAGUUGAACAGCGGUGGAAUGGGCAGCUGCGAAACUCAUUUGUCUAUGUAUCAGACCAAGCAGUCACCAAUUGCACAGAAAAAAGUUGCUUUAAGGGAUGUGCAGAAUGAUAAUAGGAGUCUCAUGUAUAACUAUCCUGAAACUUCCUGUUCUUUGGGCGGAAAACUUGUGAAUGGGAGUAAGCUUUCAGGAAGUAAGAGGUCCAACCCUACAUCCUCACCAAGCUCUGCAAUCCAUCAAUCCUUCAAAGGGAUUGGGGUAAAUGAGCACACCAUUUACGCCAGCGGAGAAGUUGAUGUGAAGCCUGGCAAAAAAAGAGCAUCAGGAGGUAGCACAUCUUGUGCACCUGCAUUUUCUUCUCUUCUUGCAGCCUCUCCGAUGGCAAAUUCACCUGUUAGGUCUUCACUUCCCAUUUUCACAGAAAAGCCUGGUAAUUUUCUGGCAGUUGCUGGAUCCAGUCUUCUGGGAAUCCCUCCUGGUUCGGAGAUUCUUCGCUCUGUUGAUUCAAAUGGGAUUACUGAUGAGCAGAGAACAGAGCGUUUAUUCAAUCUGCAGAAGUUCCUAAAACAUUGUGAUGAGUCAGAUCGAAAAGGCGUCAUUGAGUUUCUCCAUGGUCUGCCUCCCUCUGAGCUCAGCAAUUUUGCCAUUAAUCUGGAAAAAAGAUCCAUGAAUCUGUCAGUAGAGGAAGGGAAAGAGAUCCAACGGAUGAAGGCUCUGAAUAUUCUAGGCAACCUUCAGUGACAUCUGAAAGAAGUUCUUUUACAAUAAUGAAUAACGAUUUUCGAUACGAACCAGAUGAGAGGGCCAUUUGUCAUUUCUGCAAUGCUUGCACGAGAAGACGAACUAGUUGAUUGGUUGGUGGAACAGGCAGCUGAUAUUGAGCAAACCAGCAUUCCAUGAGAGCUGGCAAGGCAGUCUUUCUAUGGAGCUUUAGGUUAUUGAGUUUGAUUUGGGCAACAAGAAAUUGAAGUGUUGCUCCUGUCAACAUGAAACUCCUUCUGCAGGUUCGUUUGGAUGAGAGGUAUUAAAACCUAAGAAUCCAAUUGACUUUGAAGUUUGAACAAUCUGGAAAGGCUUUUUGAAAAUAUUUUUCUAGAGGAAAAUGGUUUAGUGAGAGAAGUAUGUGUUGAGUUGAUUACACUUUGAAAUCUAACAUUCAAAUGAGUCCAAUUACCAUGCAAUUGUUGUCUUAGUCAUUAAUUUUCUUUGGUAAGUUUUUACAGACUUUAUUUCCCUUUUCAUUUUCUUCCGGUUAU